AUGGUGCACCGUUUGGCACUUUUGCUGCUGGGCGCGAUCUUCUGUGCUCCAGUGGCCAUUCUUGGUAGCGAUACACCAGCUCGAAUUGUGUGCUAUUUCAGCAACUGGGCAGUAUAUCGUCCUGGAAUCGGUCGCUAUGGUCUAGAGGAUGUACCCGCCGAUCUGUGCACUCAUCUCAUCUACUCCUUCAUUGGUGUUAACGACAAAAGCUGGGACGUUCUGGUUAUCGAUCCGGAUUUGGAUGUGGACCAAGAAGGCUUCAGCAAGUUCACUCAACUGAAGAAAACCCAUCCCAAUCUGAAGCUGCAGGUGGCUGUUGGUGGUUGGGCCGAAGGUGGCUCCAAGUAUUCCCAAAUGGUGGCAGUUCGAGAACGACGAACCAGUUUCAUACGCAGUGUGGUCCGCUUCAUGAGGCAGUACAACUUUGAUGGCUUCGAUCUGGACUGGGAGUACCCGGGAGCCACGGAUCGUGGUGGCACCUUCGGGGACAAGGAUAGGUUCCUCUACUUUGUGCAAGAGCUGCGACGUGCCUUUGAUCGCGAGGGUCGUGGUUGGGAAAUCACCAUGGCAGUGCCAGUGGCCAAGUUCCGUUUGCAAGAGGGUUACCAUGUCCCGGAGUUGUGCGAAUUACUGGAUGCCAUUCAUGCCAUGACCUACGACCUGCGUGGAAACUGGGCCGGAUUUGCUGAUGUGCACAGUCCGCUUUACAAACGAAAGCAUGACCAAUACGCCUACGAACGCCUCAAUGUGAACGAUGGCCUGGCCCUGUGGGAGGAGAUGGGCUGUCCGGCCAACAAGCUAGUGGUGGGCAUACCAUUCUAUGGCCGCACCUUCACGCUGAGCAACUCGAACAAGAACUACAACAUGGGCACUUACAUCAACAAGGAGGCGGGUGGCGGAGCUCCAGGUCCCUACACAAAUGCCAGCGGUUUCCUGGCCUACUAUGAGAUCUGUACAGAGGUGAUGGACAAGUCCAAGGGUUGGACUGUCGAGUGGGAUGAUGCUGGAAUGGUGCCCUUCACCUACAAGGACACCCAGUGGGUGGGCUACGAGAACGAGGCCUCCGUGCAGAUUAAGAUGGACUUCAUCAAGCAGCGUGGCUAUGCAGGUGCCAUGACCUGGGCCGUGGAUAUGGACGAUUUCCACGGUCUGUGCGGCCGGAAAAAUGGUUUGAUGCAGAUUCUAUAUGAUAAUAUGCGAAGCUAUCGAGUGCCGGAACCAACCAGGGAGACAACACCAAGACCCGAGUGGGCGAAACCACCUGCCACCCCACCAAAUCCGGAUGAGGGUCCUGUGCUGCAAACUGAAGCCACACCCACCACCACACGGAGACCAAAGCCAAAGCCUCAGCCAACUGUCAGCUCAACAUCCGCACCAGUGCCCACCUUGGCCAGCAGCACUCAGAAGCCAACCACGAAGAAACCCAAAAAGCCCAAGAAGACAACUACCAGUACGACAACGACAACGACUCCAGCUCCUGAGAAGACAACUGAAGAACCCGAGGAAGUUAUAGAUCCAGAGCAGCCCAGUGACCCUCAGUUUGAUCCCAGUGAAAUUGAUUGCACCAACCGUGAUUUUGUGCCACAUCCAAACUGUCGCAAGUACUUCCGGUGCGUUCAUGGCAAGCCAGUGGAAUUCGAGUGUAAAGAGGGCACGGCCUUCCACACUGUCCUCAAUGUUUGCGAUUGGAUUGAGAACAGCGAUCGCUACUAUUGCAGCCACAAGAAGGGGAAACUUCAAGGCAACGAAGCCCACUAA